AUGCGUUUCUGUGUCAUCAGCGGGGCAUGGUACACCUCUGGCAUCGUGAACAACAUACACACCGGCGAUCUGGUGUGGGAGAGCGACGGCUCCAACAUCCUCCCUGACAGACAGUACUGGCUCAGUGAGGAACACAAGAACAUGACUGGCAGGAACAUCGUGUACAAGUAUGGAGUGACCCAGUACGGUUGGAGCAGGAUGCAGGGGGACAACAUCCCCUCCUCCUAUGUGUGUGAGAUACAUCUAGACGAAGCCUACCGUAUUUUACAGGAAGAGAGAGACUUUGAUUAUGGUACUAACAUCACGGACCCUAACGAUGUUCCCCGAGGACCCCGAUUUCUAAGUGAACCUUACGAUAUGGUGGAGAUCGGAGAUGCGGAAACAGCCUCCAUCGAGUGUGUAGCAACGGCCAUGCCGCCACCGAUAUACAGAAUGUAUCAUACCUUGCAAAACGUCACCGUGCAAAUAACCCCUGAUCUCGAUGACCGGUUUUCGCUGACCAAUGGUAAGCUGACAAUCGCUGAUCCUCGCGAGGACCCGGAUGGAGGACGAUACCAAUGCGAGGCGGAAAACGAAUUCGGAGUAGUCAUCAGUAACCAGAUGCAGUUGUCAUUCGGUAACUUAGGCGAGUUUUCCAAUGUUGGAAGGGAGCCAGUCCGCGCACAACGACAUAGUUACGCCAUAAUUAAUUGUGUUCCUCCGAUAGGAAAGCCAGCUGUAGCCUACAACUGGCUAAAAGGCAGCGGCAGUAACUUCAUCCGCACCGACAUCAACCCUCACAUCUUCAUCUCCUACAACGGCAAGCUAUACUUCAGUGAAGUGACCGACACUGACGAGACGUACUAUAGGUGUGUGGUGAAGCUGAUCUCCGAGAGCAGUGCGGUCAUCGGGUCUCACCAGCCUCCGAGCAGACUCAGCACUCCCAUCGAUCUCCAGCUGAUGGAUGGACUGGUCACGGAUUGGGGCCCCGAAAUAUCCAAUGACUUUGUGGCAUCCUUCCCACGUCUCCCUAACCGAGGAGAUAGGGUCCGUCUUGAAUGCUUAGCUUAUGGAACGAUGCCCAUCGCGUACUCCUGGCAGCGCGAGGGUGGGUUGCCGAUGCCUCUUACCGCUGUGCUGGAUGAUCACAACCGGGUGUUGUAUAUCGACAAUAUCCAACUAGAGGACGCUGGGACAUACACGUGUUACGCCGCACGAGGGUCAUUUGGCAGUGCCCAGAAGUCUUUCUCUCUGAAAGUUGAAGCUGUGCCGUACUUCAUCUACCCACUGCGGGACCAGCAUGCGGACAUCAGCAGUAAGCUCACAUGGCGAUGUGAAGCCCGAGCGGUGCCAAACCCAACCUACAUGUGGCUCAAGAACGGUCAACCUUUGAACUCCAUUCCUGGAGACGUCGUCAUCUCGGGUAACAUCCUCACCAUCAACUCCCUGGACCCACAGAGGCACGCCGAUAUGUACCAGUGCUCGGCAACAAAUACUCAUGGCGUGGCCUACAGCAGUGCUCAGCUCAGGAUCCUGGCCUUUAAACCCUCUUUCGUGAAGCAUCCCUUGGAACCUACCAAUAUGGGGACAAUAGGGGGAAACGUGACACUCAUCUGCAACCCCGAGGCCGCCCCUUUCCCCUCCUACAGGUGGGCCAAAGAUGGGAUUGGUCUUAACCUUCCUGACGGGUCGACAACAGCACGUGUCCGGAAGUUGAAGAACGGCAACCUGUUUAUCUCCCCUGCCCAGUUGUCCGACAGUGGGCACUAUGAUUGCACUGCAGAGAAUGUGUAUGGCUCCGCCACCAGCUCAGGACAACUGACCAUAAUAAACGGUUUGACCAUCACUAACGCGCCGUCGUCGACGCAGGUGGUUGUGAACAACACGGCGUUCCUGAUGUGCCAGGCGUCGCACCAAGACGACGUGGAGAUGGUGUACGACUGGCACUUCCAGGGAAAACCUGUCGACUUCACAGAUCCUCACUUCAAACUCGUAUGCAAUGUCAUGUAUUUACAGGGCAUCCAAACCACGUUUAGCGGCCUGUACAUCAUCGCAGCACAGGCACGGUUUGGUGGACAGUAUGAAUGCCUCGCGAAGACAGCUUUCGAGAGAGUCAGCAGAACAGCCACUCUGGCGGUUCUAGGUCCUCCUGGAGAACCAUCUGGAGUGUUUGUUGAGUCUGUCCUGACCACCCAUCACUCUAUGGUGCUGUGGUGGACAACAGGGCCGGACAAUGGCCGAAACAUCGUCUGGUACGCGAUAGAAGUGUCAACAAACUUUGAACCGGCAUGGACCCUUCAGGUUGAAAGUAUUCCUGAAAUGGAUACAAUCGUCCAGGGCAGGAACAAACGGAGAUACCUGGUCGAGGGACUUAAACCAGGCACUGGCUACCAGUUCAGGGUGAAGGCAACUAAUUUCUAUGGUGUUGGGCCACCCAGUGUUGCGUCAGAUAUGUACCAGACCCCUACAGCACCCCCAGCACUUGCCCCCGAGGAGGUGGGAGGGGGAGGAGGCAGCGUUGGGGAUCUCACAAUCACCUGGGAGGCGAACGUUGAUGCUGGAGAGUCGAAGUAUGUGGAGUUAGUAGGUCAGGAAAGGUUCUACAGUCUGUACGAGGUCAAGGUCCAGGGAAUCAAUGAGAAAGGUCAAGGCCCCAACUCAACUACGGUCCUCAUCUACUCUGCAGAAGAUAUACCUGUAGGUGUUCCGGGGAACGUAUAUGCGUUCCAACACAACGCCACCGCCGUCAACGUUACGUGGUCUAUGGUCCCGAACACGCGGGAAGUAAUGAAAGGGACAGUAUUGGGUUAUAAUAUCAAUUAUUAUACCAUCGAGGAGGAACCGUUCAUGAAUACUCUGGGCCUCAUAGGGCAGAUAUCGUCAGGGCUGGUCAUCGGCCUGGAACCGUACACCUGGUACAUAUUCGACGUACAAGUGUACAACACAGGAGCCUUGGGGCCCGUGAGUGAAGUGUACAGACAGCGCACUUGGGGUUAUCCGCCACAACUUUACCCGACAGAGGUCUACAUCUUCUCCCACGGUCCGGACAGCGUUCGUGUUACCUGGAGGGGGAUUUCAACCACCACGCAAGAGGAACCACUCAUUGGAUACAAGGUGCGCUACUGGCCCUCCACCGAAGACAUCCGAACAGCUCGCGAUGCCAUGGCCGGAAAGUCCUCGGAGGUGGUGAUCUACGGAGUGUAUGCAGACUUCCUGUACCGACUGCGGGUGUUCGGAUACAGUCGAGGAGGGGAUGGCAAAAUGAGCCCGGAUGUGUACUACACGCUAGGUGGGGCAGUGAGGAUUGACUCCGACACUUCCGAGAUUAGAGCAGCUGCCCCUACAAUAUGUCCGUCAAUCAUGUCGAUGAUGAUCAGCGUCUCAAUACUGAUCCUGAAUAGUGCUCACUCCAUAAACGUCAUGCUGACAUCAUGAAAGCGACACUGUUGGUAUAACCACACUCGAUACAUUUAAUAUCAGAAGUUGAAAUGUUUGAAAACCAUCUGACAAGUUCAGACAACCAUCCCAUCAUCAUCACCAUAAUCAGCAUUAUCGUCUUUUGAGCGUAACUUUAUGAUGCUCCUUCUGUCUCUCUGUAAGAUUUAAGAUUAACGACAAAUAUUAUCAUAAUAGCAAAGAAUUUUUUCACAUGAGUUGCUAUGCUUUUUCUGUGCA